AGACUCUGGAGAUUAUCUCUCUAUUGAGUGAAACUGUGAGCAACACGAUGGAAAUAUAUGCCUCUGACAGUCAACUUCAACUCAAAGAGAUCAACAAAGUCAAAGAGCAAAUAGCGAGUGUCACAGUUAGUCUCCAAAAACAGAUGUCCCUUCUCCAAAUGGACAUCAGAUCAUCCCUAGUAGUAGCUUCUGCAAAUCAGGUAGUGACCAAAGACUACUUGAAGGUGAUCAUUGACAAUCAAAAGGAAGCAUACAAGCUGUUCAGACUUAUUGGCGCAAAUUCUAGAAACCGCAAGAUGGACGUAAUUCUCCAACAACACAGUCCAUCUCCAAUACCACAGCUCCCUAUUGCAGUCAAAGAAGGAGAAGUAUCUUAUAUUCCUUCUCAUCUGAACAUGACAAAUCUAAUCCUUGAAGCACAGCAAAGAAAUCCGGAAAACUCAGCACAGCAUCUAUCCAGCUCAAGACUGGAUGGAACAAAAUUUAUAGGUACAGUUGUUGACCACUUCUCAAAUGAUGCUCAAUCAGAAGAGAGACGUGAAAAUUUAGGGCGCAUCAAAGAACUGUGUGGGAACAUGAAGGGCAUCAGUGAGGUUGCCGGAUCUUCAAAGCGCAAGAGAAACUGAAGGUUCUUUUCAUCAAAACAGGGGGAAAGUAUGUGAAAACACUAAUGUGUUUUGAUGAAAACACCUUCUUGUUUAAACAUUGCUUGAUUGGUUUAAACAUUGCAAUAUUGCUUCAACAAUUUUCUUAAUUGUGCUUAUUAUGCUUGAUUAUGCUUAUCUCAAGUAUGAUUCUGAGAAUUUUUUUUUGAAGCGCAUACAUUCAGGGGGAACUUAACUAGUUUUGGCUAAUAAUUGUUUUGGCUAUGA